UAAGUCGGGGAGGAGAGAAUGACCGAGGUGCUGUGGUUGGCAGUCCCCAACGGGACGGACUCUGCCUUCCUGGCCGGCCCGGGCUCGCCAUGGGGGAAUAGCACGGUCGCCUCCACCGCCGCCGUCGCCGCCUCGUUUAAAUGCGCCCUGACCAAGACGGGCUUCCAGUUCUACUACCUGCCGGCUGUGUAUAUCCUGGUGUUCAUCAUCGGCUUCCUGGGCAACAGCGUGGCCAUCUGGAUGUUCGUCUUCCAUAUGAAACCGUGGAGCGGCAUCUCCGUGUACAUGUUCAACUUGGCUGUGGCCGACUUCUUGUACGUGCUGACUCUGCCAGCCCUCAUCUUUUACUACUUCAAUAAGACGGACUGGAUCUUUGGGGAUGCCAUGUGCAAACUGCAGAGGUUCAUCUUCCACGUGAACCUCUACGGCAGCAUCUUAUUCCUGACGUGCAUCAGCGCGCACCGGUACAGCGGCGUGGUGUACCCGCUCAAGUCUCUGGGCCGGCUCAAGAAGAAGAACGCGGUGUACAUCAGCGUGCUGGUGUGGCUCAUCGUGGUGGUGGCGAUCUCCCCCAUUCUCUUCUAUUCGGGCACCGGGGUCCGGAAAAACAGGACCAUCACCUGCUAUGACACCACCUCAGACGAGUACCUGCGAAGUUAUUUCAUCUACAGUAUGUGCACGACCGUGGCCAUGUUCUGUGUCCCCUUGGUGCUGAUUCUGGGCUGUUAUGGAUUAAUUGUGAGAGCUUUGAUUUACAACGACCUGGACAACUCGCCUCUAAGGAGGAAAUCGAUUUACCUGGUGAUUAUUGUACUGACUGUUUUUGCUGUGUCUUACAUCCCUUUCCAUGUGAUGAAAACAAUGAACUUGAGGGCCCGGCUGGAUUUUCAGACCCCAGCAAUGUGUGCGUUCAAUGACAGAGUUUAUGCCACUUAUCAGGUGACAAGAGGUCUAGCAAGUCUCAACAGUUGUGUGGAUCCCAUUCUCUAUUUCUUGGCGGGAGAUACUUUCAGAAGGAGACUCUCCCGAGCAACCAGGAAAGCGUCCAGAAGAAGUGAGGCAAAUUUGCAAUCCAAGAGUGAAGACAUGACCCUCAAUAUUUUAUCCGAGUUCAAGCAGAAUGGAGAUACAAGCUUGUGAGGGCACAGGAAUCCCCAAAUACCAUGGUCUCAGGAUGCGCAGCCUGGUUUAGAGUAUGUGUUAAGUACAUUGUUUCAGCUUCCAGAGAACUUUCUUUGGGAGUGUGGAUCCAGUAAGGCAGUGGACAGUGACUACAAGUGCCCUUUUACUACUUGGCAUGUUCCUUCCAAAGUGUUUCUUUAGCUGCAUUCACCACAUAGUGGACAACAAUGACAUGUGAAUGCAUGCUAAACAGUGACGAGAAUGAUCUUGCCAACUCCUUCCAGGCCAAAAGUAGUCUCUGGAAGAUCUGUGCCAAUAUACAGAGGGUCAGGAGGAAGCCGUGAUCUAUUGGCUGAACAGUUGGUUCAUGCCAUAGGACGAUAUGAGUUAGUAUUUUAAUAGUAAAGGCAGAAAUCUGUUGGCAUUGGGAUGAAAUAACAGCCAAAAUUGUAGAACUUAUCGACUAAAUUUUACAAUACAAAAUAUUUUAAUGCCAAGUUCAAGGUAUUUUAUGGCUUACGAAUUGACAUCUUUGAUUUUUGGAACAUCAAUUUGUGCUUACAUUGAAAAAAUAAAAAGACAAACUAAGAAGAAAUAGAGCAUGUGAGUCGGAAUUCAGAGUUAAAACCAUGACGUUGCCACUCCACUAGCUGUUGGAUUCUCGACCCUUUCAAGACCACUCUUCAUGGAUUGAGAAGGUGGGGCAUCCAUUUGUUGGGGCUUUAGGGGAUGUGGUAAAGCAAGAAAACUAGACAGCCAGGAAUGCAUGAAAUCUGCCACUGUAUUUUCCAAGACUUUUCAAUCUAGUUUGGCUAAAAAAAUCUUACAAGAUUGGUUCAUCAAUUGUGAUGUGGACCUGUGACCUAUAAGUCUUCUCCAUCUACUCAGACAAGAUGCUAAACUGUCUCUGGAUACUACAGAUGUCAGUGCAUAAAGCAGCUGGAAUUCAGUUAGUGACAGUACUUAAAUGUGUGAUACUAGUUAGGAUCUAUUGAGGCUUUAACUUUGCUGGUCAAAUUUUUGUAACUAUCAUAAUAGUAUUUAUUGAUGAAACUCACAGUUCUUCAGUUGUACAGAUUGAAAAACUUUCUUGAAAGAUCCAACAUACUGAUGUAAAUUAUAUUUAUUACAAUGUACAAUAUUAAUGUCACACUGGUAUAUUUUACAUAAUAUAUGAUACAUAUAUAAAAUGAGAGUUAUGUGUUAUGUUGCUUUUCAAAUACGAAAAUCUUGAAAUGUUUAAAUCUUCAGAGUUUUUUUGGUCUAAGAUAUGAAAAUCUGUUUCAUGAUACAAGUGAUUAAUUUUCUCCAGAAAUGCUUUUGCAUGUUUACCUUUUUAUUUAGGAUUUUUCUCACUAUUUGGUGUCAGACUAUCAUAAAAUGAAUAGUGAAUAUAAAAUAUAUUAGUCAGACUGGGUCUUGUAUUGGCUACAUUUUAUAUACAUCAUAGGAAAGUUCAUAUUGUCUUAAGGUUUGGAAUUGUGCCCCCAAAUACGGUCAUAGCUUCCAUUUCCAAAUGCCAAAGGCUGGUCUUAUAAUGGGAUGGGCAUUAUAGGUACAGGAUUAGAAUUUAAGAGCUUUAGGGAGAUGGGGAGAGGCAGUAGGUGCAGUUACUGCUCUCACUUUAACUUACGUUUUUGCAUUGUGUUUCAUCUUAAGGUAAAAUAGUGCACUCUUAAUUUUUUAAGAUGGAGUUUUAAGUAACAUUAAGUAACACUACCAGCAAUUCAACACUCUUAUUGAUUUUAGUCUGUUUUCUUUAUUCAGUUGGUAACUUUAAUUCCAAGUUUUGUAGUGAUAAUUGUGUAUUUGGCUGCUGAAUUCUGUUACAGUUUUUUAUUCUGUUGUAUGUUGUAUUACACACACCAUCACAAAUUAAUAUGAAGGGGAAUACAUGUUACUUGUCAAAAUUUGUGAAUUUGAAUUGUAGUAUGUUUUAGUGCUUUUCCAAAAAAUGUUUAUUUUUAUAUUACAGUGAUUUUAAUAUAGAUAAUUGAACUAGAUUUCUUUGUGAUUAAUAUUGCCAUUGAUUGAGCGAUAUGGAAACAGUGUUACUUGACAUUUUGAGUUUUCUCAGGUUUAUCUAAAUCAGUGGUAGCUUAAUGAAAUCCAGAGUAAUUGUGUAAUUGUGUUUUUAGUAAAAAGAAAGUACAUUUCUUAUAAUACUAUAGUAUUGUUUGCAUGCAGGAAUAUGCAAAAAUAUUGUGUGUGUGUGUAUGUGUGUGUGUGUGUCUGUCUAAGCAUGGCAGCCAACUUUGUAUCUGCUAUUAAUAGUAACAGCAGAACUUCCUAAUUGUGGUCACUAGAAUUGUACUUACCGUAGACAAUUAAAACUGAAAAAGACUCAAUAAAAUUAUGAAACAUA